CUUCCCUACAGCAAUACAGCGAAUGCUCACCCGGGUCAUCACAACGCUACACCACCUCCAAGAACGCUGACUGUGGUUCUGUCAGCGGUCUCACUAAGGGCAGGCUGGCUCGCUGUGAUUGGCCUCUGACAGCACUUCCAACACUUAUGAGAAUACGAAUGGGAACGUAAGUAAAAAGGGUAUCCCAAAUGAAAAGAGAGACCACAACACUUUCAUAAGAUGGAUCCAUCAGAGAAUAACACGCCUGGUUCUCAUGAUGAAGAAACACAAGAACACAAAGAAACUCUAAGUCAGUCUAAUCAAGAAGAGGAGAAUGAAGCUGUGCCUUUGAUUGAGUCUAGCACUCAGGCUGAUGCCAACCCAAAAGUGAUUACGGAAAAUGCUGUGAGAGUAGCUUUUCUACCACCUGCAGAGGAGGCAGAUCUUCCAGUAUCAGAGUCACUGGUGCAUGGUGAUGCAUCUUACAGUGCCGAUGAUAAUUCUUCUUACAGUGACGAAGAGGCAGAUAUAGAUCAAGAUAUUGAUGAUGCUCUAGAUGAAGGAUACAUGGGUAUGGAAUGCACUUUAGAGCGUGGAUUUUCACUUAAUGAAGCAGCUAUUGCCCGUGAUCUUCGUUAUGAGCGGUAUGACGAAGUUGCUGUGAAAUACGAGAGAAAUCAUUCUUUUUCAAAAUACCAGCCUUCAUUGAAGCAUUUUAUACCAGUCAGAAAAUCUUCAGAGGAAAAAGAUGAAAUGCCUGUAGACUCAGCUGGUCUGUAUGGCUUUGUCUCAUACUCCUGGAUCACUAGUCUCAUGUGGAAAGCAUACAAGAAAGGAUUGAAAGAGGAGGAUGUUCCCAUCUGCUCAAAGUAUGAUAUGUGUGACUACAAUACUGACAGGUGAUAAAUCUGUUUGCUAAUGAUGCUCAGCGUAUAUAUGACUUUGUUGUGUUGGGUCCUCUUAUAAUUGGAGGACCUGUCGUGGCUAUUGGAGGUGUCAUUUACAUCUUGUGGCUGUUAGGACCCUGGGCAUUGUUUGGCAUGUUGACCUUCCUGCUCUUCUACCCAUUUCAGUAUGGCAUCUCUCGUUUGACUGGGUACCUGCGCCGCCGCACAGUAACAGUCACUGAUGAGCGAGUACGGAUGAUGAAUGAAUUGUUGACAUGUGUCAAGCUUAUCAAAAUGUAUGCAUGGGAAAAAAGUUUUGCUUCUAGUAUUACAGAGAUAAGAAAACGUGAGAGACACCUGCUGGAAAAGUCGGCCUAUGUUCAGAGCAUCAGUUUGGCUAUGGCUCCAACAGUUCCCGUGAUUGCAGCUAUUGUUACCUUCCUGGCUCACAUUGGUGCUGGAUAUAACCUUACAGCUGCACAGGGUAUGACUGUCAUCUCCUAUCUCUUAGGCAAUGUCCGUGCAUCUUUUAACAUGCUGAGAUUUUCAGUGAGAGCGUUUGUUGAAGGUCUUGAUUCUGUCAGAAGAAUAAAGAGUAUUUUACUGAUGGAUGAGUUGGAGCCCUACCUCAAGACUCCACAAGAACCUGAUACAGCUGUGGUACUGGACCAAGCCACCCUUGCAUGGGAUGCUGUCUCUUCCUUCAAAAAGAAGAAGAAGAAGAGGAGGAGGAACAAAAAGGAUGGCAUAACUCCAGCUGAUCAACUGAUGCCAAAAGUAGUGGACUUGAAGCACAUUGAUGUUCUCUUUGACUUAUGUCUCUCCAUUAAGAAGGGAGAACUCAUUGCUGUGUGUGGUAGUGUUGGUGCUGGAAAAUCAUCUUUCAUAUCAGCUCUACUUGGUCACAUGCGUUUACAGUCAGGAGAAGUGUAUUUACAAGGAACAUGUGCAUAUGUUGGCCAACAAGCAUGGAUCAUGAAUGCUUCCUUUAGGGAAAAUAUUUUGAUGGGUGAAGCAUUUGAUGCCAAAAGGUAUUAUCGUGUGAUAUACGCCUGCAACCUUACCCAAGAUGUUGGAGCUAUGCCUGCUGGAGAUUUCACAGAAAUUGGAGAACGAGGUAUUAAUUUGUCUGGAGGACAGAAACAACGUUUAUCACUUGCCAGGGCGCUUUAUGCAAACAGGGAUAUCUAUUUAUUGGAUGAUCCUUUGAGUGCUGUAGAUGCUCAUGUUGGCAGCCACAUCUUCCAGUGGGUUAUCAAAGGUGCUUUAAGAAAUAAGACAACAGUGUUUGUCACACAUCAGCUGCAGUACUUGCCCCUUUGUGACCGUGUAGUUUACUUGCGUGAGGGAAAGAUCGCAGAGCUGGGAACACACUCAGUUUUAAUGGAGGACAACAAAGAAUAUGCUGCUCUAUACAGAACCCAUAUGGAAACAGUUGAAAAUCAGGAAAAGGAAAGCAAGACUGAGGAAACAGAUGCUGGAGGACGCCAGCGGCAAGACUCGGUCAUUUCAGGAGGAAGUAGCAUAAACGGAUAUCAGAAGAAUAGUCCUGAGAAAAGUCCAGUCAAGGAAGUUAAGAAGAAUCCAGAAGAUGGUCAACUGAUCACAGAAGAGAAGCUAGAGAAAGGAGACAUCCCUCUGUCAACCUAUAAUUGGUACAUCAAGGCUGCUGGAGGUUAUAUUAUAUCCACCCUGGUGAUCUUCACCUUUGCUGCCAAUGUGGGCUCUACUGCUUUCAGUUCGUGGUGGCUCUCAAUGUGGCUUAGUGCAGGGAGUGGAAACACUGAGGUGAUAGUUGGAAAUGGAACGGUCAUCAGUGACAAUAUCGCAGACAACCCUGACCUUUUUAUGUACCAGACUGUGUAUGGCUGCCUUAUUUUAGUGAUACUUGGAACUUCACUAAUCAGAGGAUUUGCAUUUAUGAAGACUACCCUAAAGGCUUCCAGCAGCAUGCACGAUCAAGUGUUUGUCAAAGUGUUCCGAAGUCCUAUGAGCUUCUUUGACACUACUCCUUCAGGACGCAUUAUAAAUAUCUUCUCCAGAGACAUGGAUGAAGUGGAUGUGCGUGUGCCUAUGACCAUGGAGACUUUCCUGCAGAAUAUUUGGUUAAUCACAAGUUCACUUGUGUUCGUCUGUUUGGUGUUCCCUCAUUUUCUUCCAUUUCUGGUAGUAUUGGCUAUCCUCUUCCUUUUUAUUAGGAGCAUCUUCAGGAUUGGAAUUCGUGAUUUUAAGAGGAUGGAGAAUAUUUCAAGGUCUCCUAUGUACAGUCAUGUCAGCACAACUGUGAAUGGGUUAGCCACUAUCAAUGCAUAUGGCAAACAGGAGAUGUUUACCAAAAAAUUUAUGGUAUUAUUUGAUGAAAACACGUGUGUCUUUUACCUGUUCAACUGUGCUAUGCGAUGGUUAGCUAUCCGACUUGAUCUUUUAGCUUUGUUGGUAAUGUCAAUCACAGCCAUACUCUCAUUGAUAUUACGAGGAUCUGUGGAAGCAUCUUUUGCUGGGCUGGCCCUGGCUUAUGCUGCCCAAUUAAGUGGCAUUUUCCAAUAUACUGUAAGACUUAGCACUGAAACAGAAGCACGCUUUACUUCAGUCCAGCGGAUUAGUAAUUAUACCAAGUGCUUAGCCUCAGAAGCUCCAGCUAUUAUAGAAUCAAAGAGACCAGAUCCAAACUGGCCCAAGUAUGGACGCAUAAGCUACCGAAAUGUGCAGCUGAAAUACAGACCAGACACACCUCUUGUUUUGAAGGGCAUCACAUUUGACAUCGAUUCAUUGGAGAAAAUAGGUGUAGUUGGAAGGACAGGUUCAGGCAAGUCUUCUCUAGGAGUAGCAUUGUUCAGGUUGGUUGAGCUAGCAGGAGGCAGUGUGCGAAUUGAUGGAGUAGACAUUUCAGACCUAGGCCUCGAGGAUCUACGAUCUCGCCUCUCAAUCAUUCCUCAAGAUCCAGUGCUUUUCAUUGGCACAGUCAGAUACAAUUUGGAUCCCUUUGAGAAAUAUACAGAUGAAGCUGUUUGGUCAGCUUUAGAACAGACAUAUAUGAAAGAAAAGAUUGCAAAUUUACCUUUGAAACUCAAUGCCCCUGUGGUAGAGAAUGGAGAGAAUUUCUCUGUUGGUGAACGUCAGUUGAUGUGUAUGGCUCGAGCCUUGCUGAGAAAUAAUAAGAUAUUGUUCCUUGAUGAGGCAACAGCUGCAAUAGACACAGAGACAGAUUCCAAGAUUCAACGUACACUACAAGAAGCCUUUAAAGCUUGCACAAUGAUUACCAUUGCUCAUAGAUUAAACACCGUGAUGGCUAGCUCCCGCAUACUGGUGUUGGAUGAUGGAAAAGUGGUUGAAUUUGAUACUCCUCGCAAUCUUAUGGCUAAUCCCCACUCAGCUUUUGCGAAGAUGGUUGCAGCUGCAGAGUCAUCUUUACUUCUGUAAAUGGGACUGAAGUCAUCUCAAUACCUCUGAAUUGACAAAGUGAUGUGUGUGUGUGUAUAUAGAAGACUGUAACUUACUUUUGUCUGCAUUAUUUAAUUACACAAUUUUUGAGUAUUGCAUACUCAAGAGGAGUAGGAUUUAUUUUCAUUUUCAUAUGUAUAAUUCUUCUAUUUGUAUGUGUAUAUUAGUAUGUACCCAAACAAACACACACACACACACACACACACACACACAC